GCAUACACGGACGCAGAACAAAUCCUUCCCCGAAUAAUUACCACAAUAAAACAAAAAAUAUCGCAGUUAGCUACAUCUCCAUCCGAUCCUAAUGAAGGAGCUCCGGCCUGACUGACUGGGAUAUGGGAAUACUAAACAUAACAGACCAGACUCCACUGGUCCAGGCUAUAUUUAGCCGAAAUGCAGAGGAAGUGAAGUUUUUGUUGCACAAGAAUGAAGAAGUCAAUGCACUGGACCAAGAACGCCGUACCCCCUUACAUGCUGCUGCGUGUUUGGGCGACGUUCACAUUAUGGACCUCCUCAUUAAUUCAGGUGCUAGUAUUAACGCUAAGGACCAAGGCUGGCUGACUCCCCUGCAUCGGGCAGCUGCCUCACGGAACGAAAAGGCUGUGGGGCUGCUUCUGAAGCAGGAUGCGGAGGUCAAUGCACGAGAUAAGUUUUGGCAGACACCGUUGCACGUGGCGGCGGCUAACCGGGCCACACGCUGCGCUGAGGCCCUCAUCCCCAAGCUGAGCAGCCUGAACGUAGCGGACCGCUCCGGCAGGACGGCCCUGCACCACGCAGCACACAGCGGCCACGUGGAGAUGGUGAAUUUGCUCCUCAACAAAGGGGCCAACCUGAGUGCCAGUGAUAAGAAGGAGAGGCAGCCAAUCCACUGGGCCGCAUACCUCGGGCAUCUGGAGAUUGUGAAGCUACUGGUGUCGCGGAGUGCGGACGCCAUGUGCAGGGACAAGCGUGGUUAUACCCCGCUCCACGCCGCCGCUGCCAGUGGCCAGAUCGAGGUGGUCAAGUACCUGCUACGGCUGGGGUCAGAGAUUGACGAGCCCAACGCUUUUGGGAACACAGCUCUCCACAUGGCAUGCUACACGGGCCAGGAGGCGGUUGCCAACGAGCUGGUGAACCGAGGCGCCAACGUCAACCAGCCAAACCACCGCUGCUGCACGCCGCUGCACCUGGCCGCUGUCUCCACCAACGGGGCGCUUUGCCUCGAGCUGCUAGUCAACAACGGUGCUGACGUCAACAUGCAGAGCAAAGAAGGGAAGAGCCCUUUGCACAUGGCCGCUAUUCACGGGCGCUUCACUCGCUCCCAGAUCCUUAUCCAAAACGGUGGGGAGAUCGACUGUGUAGAUAAAUAUGGCAAUACUCCUCUUCACGUUGCUGCUAAGCACGGUCACGAGCUGCUGAUCAGCACCCUGAUGACUAACGGUGCUGACACGGCCAGGCAAGGGAUUAAUGGGAUGUUUCCGUUGCAUUUGGCUGUGCUCUACGGGUUUUCAGACUGUUGUCGCAAGUUACUUUCCUCAGGUCAGCUGUACAGCAUUGUAUCAUCUCUGAGCAACGAGCACGUGCUGUCAGCCGGGUUUGACAUAAACACCCCAGACAGCUUGGGAAGGACCUGCCUGCACGCCGCUGCCUCUGGAGGAAACGUUGAAUGUCUUAACUUGCUGUUGAGCAGUGGUGCUGACUUGAGUAUUAAGGACAAAUUGGGAAGAGCUCCUUUGCACUACGCUGCGGCGAAUGGGAGCUACCAGUGCACGGUUGCCCUGGUGAGUGCUGGUGCCGAGGUGAACGAGCUGGACCAGAAGGGCUGCAGCCCCCUGCACUAUGCCGCUGCCUCGCAGACCUUCCGCCGAGUGGACAGACAUUACUCAGUCGGACACCAGAGUGAGGAGAGGGCCAAGGAGGCCUUUUUUUGUUUAGAGUAUCUGCUGGAUAAUGGGGCUGACCCAGCUCUGAGGAACACCAAGGGUUACAGCGCAGUCCAUUAUGCAGCAGCCCACGGAAACAAGCAGAACCUGGAGCUGCUCUUGGAGAUGUCGUUCAACUGUCUGGAAGACGUGGAGAGCAGUGUUCCAGUUAGCCCUUUGCACUUAGCCGCGUAUAACGGUCACUGUGAGGCGUUGGGGGUGUUGUCUGAGACACUGGUGAGUCUGGACGUUCGGGACGCGGGGGGGCGCACCGCCCUCUACCUGGCAGCCCAACGGGGACAUGCUCAGUGCGUGGAGGUACUGCUGUCCCACGGGGCCUCCUGCCGCCUGAAGGAGCGCCGCCGCAAGUGGACCCCAUUUCACGUCGCAGCUUCCAAUGGCCAAGCAGACUGUCUGCUCAUGCUGGUCAACCGAGGUGAGAAGGCUGAUGUCAUCGAUUUCGUCGACGUACAGGGACAGACGUCUCUGAUGCUGGCAGCUCUGGGCAGUCACACUGACUGUGUCUACAUCUUGCUGGAGAAGGGAGCCGGGGCUGACACCGCCGACAAGAGAGGCCGCACUGCCCUACACAGAGCUGCGGCGAUGGGCUGUGAGGACUGUGUGUCGGCCCUGCUCGAGCACGGGGCCUCUGCUCUGUGCAGGGAUUCCCGGGGACGCACACCCCUGCACCUGGCCGCCUCCUGCGGCCACAUGGAGCUCCUGCGCAGCCUGCUGCAGGGUGCCACAAGCACCGACCCCCUCGACUCCAUGUUGGACUACAGUGGAUACACCCCCGCCCACUGGGCCGCCUACCACGGGCACGAGGACUGUUUGGAUGUUUUACUUGAACACAAACCAUUUAGCAUCCAGGAAGGAAACCCCUUCACCCCAUUGCACUGUGCUCUAAUAAAUGGCCAUGAUGGUGCUGCUGAACUACUGGUAGAGACCGUUGGAACUCAGAUGGUGAACUUCAGAGACGCCAAAGGAAGGACCCCGUUGCACGCAGCUGCCUAUUCAGAAAGUGUGGCCGGGCUGCAGCUGGCCCUGGUCCAGGGGGCAGAGGUCAAUGCGGUGGACACCACCGGACACUCCGCGUUGAUGGUUGCGGCCGACAACGGACAGACUGCAGCUGUCGAGAUCCUGCUGCACCAGGCCAAGGCAGACCUGACCCUGCUGGAUGUCAACGACAACACCGCCCUUCACUUGGCCUGCAGCAAGGCUCAUGAGAUGUGUGCCCUGUUAAUCCUGGGAGAGAUCAGCGACCCCUCCCUCAUCAAUGCAACAAACAGUGCACUGCAAAUGCCCCUUCAUAUCGCAGCGAGGAAUGGUCUGGCUACGGUGGUGCAGGUGCUGCUCAGCCGGGGGGCAGCCGUGAUGGCUGUAGAUGAGGAGGGCCACACCCCGGCCCUGGCCUGUGCCCCUAACAAGGAUGUGGCGGACUGCCUGGCCCUGAUCCUCUCCACCAUGAAGCCUUUCCCUCCCAAAGACGCCAGUGCCGCCGCAUCCUUUGGCCUCAACCUGCUGAAGCACUGUGGCAUCGCCGCCGCCUGCGGGCCCCUGCCCAAUGGCAACCUGCGCCACGCCUACGCCAAGGACCGCCAUGGCACCAUCGGCCUGGACGGCUGCUUCACCGAGUGAGAUGAACCCCCCCCCCAACCA